CCCGCCACAAACUUUCCAGCGACCACCAUGUCCUCGAGGGUGUCCACCGUCCUUACUGUCGCCGGAGUCACCGUCCUCGGUGGUCUCGUUGCCUAUGCUGUCUACUUCGACUACAGGCGGAGAAAUGACAGCGACUUCCGCAAGCGUCUGCGGAAGGACAAGAAGAAGGUUAAGCAGGUGACGCAGUCGCAGGAAAGCUCAACCGCAUCCCUCGGAGUGAGUCCGGAGGAGUUGAGAGCGGCCCUCAGCAAAGUCCGCGAUGAGGAGCUCCCGCCCGACCCGGACGCCAAGGAGCAGUACUUCAUGACCCAUGUCGGAAUGGGUGAACAACUGUGUGCGCAGGGUCCUAUGUUCUACCUUCCGGCGGCGCUGUCUUUCUACCGGGCUCUCCGGGUGUACCCCUCGCCUGUGGAACUUAUCAUGAUUUACCAGAAGACGGUCCCUGAGCCCGUAUUCAAGAUUGUCAUGGAGUUGACCAACUUGGACGUUAAGGCCCGUGUCGAAGGUUACUACGACGUUUUCCCGCCUAAGAACAUGAAUGUGUCCGUCCAACCUGCCCCUGGUGAUGCUAGCAAAGUCCGCAAAAUUCUCGUCGCUGAGAAGGACUUUGAACCCGGAGAUGUCAUAUAUAAGGAACGGCCCGUUGUCGCAAUCCUCGACCCAGAUCUCCAGGACAAGGGUACUUACUGCAGUCAUUGUCUUCGUUCCAUUCAGAAAGACUUCGCCAUUCGUCCGGACUCUGACCGCCUUGGCUCCGUCUAUUGCUCAAAGGAGUGCCAGGUCAAGUCCAAGAUCCAGUCUCAUAACCUGUUAUUCGGUCUCGAAUCUGUUCUCCCUCCGGAGCUGGACCUCGGGCAGUCAGUAUUGGCGAAACCCGCUCGAGAUGAAGCCCAGACGAAGUUUACGGAGUACGUCAAGGCGCAAGGCCGCUCGAUUCCCCUGCUCUCUGCCCGGUUCGUCGCGCGCCAGAUCGCAAUUGAGACGGCGAAGAUGGUGCCCAACAAGUCGGCCGCCCUAGCGGAAGAGAUUGCGGACGCGUCGAUCGGUGGCACCGACUACAGCUUGUACGACCACAUGGAGCGCUUGCGGUUUGUUGACGGCAAGGCCUCUGAAGAGGAGACAAAGCUCCUGUGCGCCGUCCUGGGUGCUGCUUUGCCUGGUUUGGAACAGUCGGUGACGGAGGAGCGGUUGGCCACGUACCAGGGCAAGCUAGCGUACAACGCAAUUGGGGUCUGCUACUCUGGCGGAAGAGACGACAACCCUGAGUCCUCAAAGCGCCCUGAGGAACAAGAACGGACGCGUACGCCAUAUGGUCACUUGCGACAGAUCGGUAGUGGUCUCUACCUGGUUUCGGCCUACAUUGCGCACUCUUGCUCUCCGUCAGCGAGGCCCUCGUUUAGCUCUGGUACCUCCGAGCUGUCCCUCAUUGCAUCCAAACCCAUCAAAAAGGGCGAAGAGAUCACCAUGUCCUACGUGGAUGUCUCGCAGCACCCCGACGAGACAGCGGAGCAGGCCAGGAGGCGUCGUCGUCAGGAGCUCGCUCGUGGGUGGAGGUUCAAGUGCGAGUGCGAGCGAUGCCUCUCCGAAGCUACUGAUGGCAACGAGAGCGAUGUUGGCGUCGAGAAGGACGAGUCGAAGGUUGAGGAUGUUGUCAAGCGUGUCGGGUUGGGCGCCGAGGCCUAUCUCAAACCGCACUAAAAGCAGCUGCCAGUCACAUCUCAUAUGAAGUUAUAGAUACGUAGUGCUCUAAUCAUAGGACAGUCGUUUGCAUGCAUCCCGUUCUCAGUGCCAUACACUUCUGCUUGCACGCAUACUUGCAUUGGCUUUCGACCACAU